AUGGACCUCGAGCCAGAUUCGACGUCCAUCACCGUUACGAGGGAGGUAACGGCAGCAAGCGACGAGGACCUGCCAUCACGAAAGAAGAAGUCAGAAACCUCAAACCAGAACGUAGAGGCAGAGCUUCGCGUGGUCACCGCUGAGCUGGAAGCAGUCAAGAGCGAUCAACAGUCUGUCAAAGGAGAGCUACAAGCGAUGAAAGAACGCGUGGAGGACGAAAGCGCCAAGACGAACGAAAGCCUCGUAGCAAUCGCGGUAGUGGCUGCGAUGCGGAACAGCCCAAGUGCGUCAUAUGCGGACGUCGCGCGAAGCGGCUUAGGCGGGCAAGGUCGCGACUCGCGGGUAGCUACGCCGGGCAACGCAACUCUGGCGAGCCGCAGCGACACUCUAUUCUGUACGAUCGACACAUCAAGAGUUGAAGAAGGCAGCGACAAGCCCAACGCAGGUCGGAUCCGGGCUGCGGUGGAGAAGGAAAUGCGCGCUAUAGACGGACAGAGUAGCUGGCGCUGUCGGGCCAUCACAGUAGACCCAAGGAAUGCGGAUAGGAUCCGGAUCAUUUGUCGCGACGAUGCUGAACAUAGGCUUGUCAAGCAGAUCUCGGAGAAGAGCUUCGGUCCCGGCACACGAGUUCUACAGGACGAACUCUACCCCGUGAAGAUCGAUAACGUGAAGAGAACCGAGAUACCGGACGAGAAGGGUAAUGUCAGGGCUGAAGCGGCAGAGGCACUUAGCCGAGAAAACGAGACCAACGUUGCCAAGAUAUCUUGGCUGAGCAAGAAAGACAUGCCCAAGGCGUAUGGGUCCAUGGUCGUGUUCGUGACCAAGACCAGUGAUGCGCGUAGACUGAUCUCUGAGAGCUUCUUCCACGUUGGAGGACAGUCCGGCACGACGAUGGCAUUUGAGCGGCGGCCACGUCCUCAACAGUGCUAUAACUGCCAGCAGAUCACCAGGCACAAGGCGUACCAGUGCGUGAACCCCCAGGUGUGUGGACGAUGUGCCAAGGUCGGCCACCACCACAGUGAAUGCAGUGAGACGAUCGUGACAUGCGUGCCUUGUGGCGAACCGCACGAGUCGUUCAGCAAGAAUUGUCCGAAGCUGUAUCCGCGUUCCCAUGAGUAA